AUGAGGUAUCAAACCAAGAAUGUUGUCGAUUCCAGACCUUCACCGGUGCAGAUUGGGUUUUGGUACUGUACUGAACUCGACAAAGGAUAUGAGAAAUUGAUACUGAAGCUCAUAAUAGGUGCGGUGGCUAGUUCUCUGGCUGCAGUGAUUAUCUUUUGUUGCUUCCUUUGGAAGAAGAAAAACCAGAGUUGUCAAAUGUUGGAGGCCUUUCUAAGGAACUACGGGCCACUUCAAGUUAAAAGAUUCAGUUAUUCGGAUGUCAAAAAAAUGACCAACUCAUUCAAGGAAAAGUUGGGGCAAGGGGGCUAUGGUGAUGUUUACAAAGGAGAGUUAAAAGAUGGUCGUCUUGUAGUAGUGAAGAUCUUGAACAGAUCAAAAGGUGAUGGAGAAGACUUUAUGAACGAGGUCGCAGCCAUUAGUAGAACUUCACAUGUCAACAUUGUCAGCUUGUUGGGAUUUUGCUUCGAGUGUUCAAAAAGAGCUCUCAUCUAUGAAUUCAUGCCUAAUGGAUCUCUUGAGAAGUUCAUAUUUGAUGCAAAUAACCCCCAAAAAGAUCAUCAUUUGGGAUGGGAAGCAUUAUAUGUAAUUUCACUUGGUAUUGCUCGUGGACUGGAGUAUUUACAUCGUGGAUGCAACACAAAAAUUUUGCAUUUUGACAUUAAGCCUCAUAAUAUUCUUCUGGAUGAGAACUUUGGAACCUUAAAGGGCUUAUCCAUAUACAUAGAGAUCAAGUUGAAACUAAGAAUCUCUAGAGAACAAGAAGCUUUAGAGAAUAAGAAGCUUUUGAGGAUUAAUUCUCACACCCUUCAUUCAAUAUACAGAGGCAUAUUUAUACAACCCUAA